AGAUUUUGCCGACUUUUCUUGUUGAUGUACAGGCGAAUUUCAUAAAAAUCGUUUAAAAUCGUUUAAAUAAAUCAAUUAACCCGAAGCAAUUCUUAACGAUGCCUUUAAUCGAAGCGGAUGCCUCCAACGAGCAGUUCAGCAAUGAGCAAUCGAGGCCAAUGUCCGGGCCCAUUGUGGGCAUCAUUUAUCCUCCGCCGGAAGUCAGAAAUAUUGUUGACAAGACAGCCAGUUUCGUGGCGCGCAACGGGCCGGAGUUUGAGGCACGCAUCCGGCAAAACGAGCUGGGCAAUCCAAAGUUUAAUUUCUUAAAUGGAGGUGAUCCGUACCACGCCUAUUACCGGCACAAGGUUAACGAGUUUCGCGAAGGCAACGAUACAAGCAAUAACGCAGUGACUGCCAUUAAACAGCUCUCGGUGACGAGUGCUGCCCAGCAACGGCAACAGGAGCUGUUGAAGCAAGUUGUGGAACAACAGUUUGUCCCGAAGGAGCCGCCAGCGGAGUUUGAAUUUAUUGCCGACCCACCUUCGAUUUCGGCACUGGAUUUGGACAUUGUGAAGCUAACGGCUCAGUUUGUCGCCCGUAAUGGACGCCAGUUCCUGACCAAUCUCAUGAGCCGAGAACAGCGAAACUUUCAAUUUGAUUUCCUGCGGCCGCAACAUUCGCUGUUUCAGUAUUUCACCAAGCUACUGGAGCAGUACACUAAAGUACUAAUUCCACCCAAGGAUCUGCUGGGCAAGUUGCGUGUGGAAAGUGCGCCCGGACGCGCCAGCAUGGUUCAAGUACUCGAGCAGGUCAAGUAUCGUGCCAAUUGGCAACGACACCAGGAGGCUCAGCGUCGCCGGGAGGAGGAAAAGAUCGAACGUGAACGUGUUGCCUAUGCGCAAAUUGACUGGCAUGAUUUUGUCGUUGUGGAAACUGUGGAUUAUCAGCCAUUUGAGAGCGGCAAUUUUCCACCACCCACAAACCCGGAUGAAGUCGGUGCCCGAGUGCUGAUGGAGGAGCGGUUAAUGGAGGAGGAGGGCGACAUUGAAAUGCAGAUCGAGUCCGAUGAAGAGGAUGAUGUGCAAAUCGUCAGUCACAUUGACGAUGGCGUUAAGCUCUCCCAAAUGGAGAAUCGCGUGGGCAUUCAAAUGAAGAACGCCACGGCCUAUGGCCAGCCCCCUUCGAAUGCUAAGCGCGACAACACGCAGGUGCAGGACAUGGACGAGGCGUCCAGUGAUGAGGAUACGCCAACGCUGAAAAUGCAACCAGCUGUUGCGCCCAUGCUGCCGCCCACACACGACAAGGUUGUUGUUAAGAAAUACGAUCCGAAGGCUGCCCAACCAAAGCCGGCUCCAGUCACAACAGAUGAAUAUCUUAUCUCGCCAAUUACGGGCGAGAAGAUCCCAGCCUCCAAGGUAUCGGAGCACAUGCGCAUUGGUCUGCUGGAUCCACGUUGGGUCGAGCAGCGCGACAAGCAUACAGUGGAGAAGAUCAACCAGGACAAUGUAUUCGCAGCUGGCACGGCCAUUGAGGCCAGUCUGAAGCAGCUGGCGGAGCGACGUACCGACAUCUUUGGCGUGGGCGAUGAGGAGACUGUCAUUGGCAAGAAACUGGGCGAGGAGGAGACGAAGAAAGAUGAUCGCGUUACCUGGGACGGGCACACGUCCAGUGUGGAGGCAGCCACACGAGCAGCCCGUGCCAAUAUCACGCUCGAGGAUCAAAUACACCAGAUUCACAAGGUCAAAGGUCUGCUCCACGAUGAAGAAAAGGAGAAAAUCGGACCCAAGCCGGUGGGCAACAAAGCGACGCUCUCAGCGCCGCCGCAGCCAUCCUCGUCGAAGAACCAGCAUAGCCAGCAUAACCAGGCACAGCACCAUCAAGGUGGGGGUGGUGGUGGUGGUGUCGGUCACCAUCACGCUCAGCAUCAUCAUCACCAACAGCAGCAACAACAGCCGCCGUCGCACCAUCAACACCAUCAGCAGCAACAACAGCAGCAGUCGCAACACAACAUGCCACAAUCCGCCAAUCCCGUUAUGAUGAUGCAAAGACCACCCAUGAUGCCAACACCUUUUGGCGCUGGCUCCGGCGGCUAUAUGGCCAUGCAAUCUGGCAGUGGAGGACCACCGCAGAUUUCACCUGCGCCGCCCGUGGAAUUGAUACCCAUAGAGGAUGAGCCGCCCACGAAGAAGAUACGUUCCGAGGAUAAUCUGGUCCCCGAGGCGGAGUUCAUUGCUAAUCACAAGAGUCCUGUGACUAUACAGGUGCAGGUGCCGAGCACGGACAAGUCAGAGUGGAAGCUUAAUGGCCAGAUGAUUGCCGUCACCCUAGCGCUAACCGAUCCCAUUGCCAACCUCAAGGCCAAGUUGCAGGACGACACGGGCAUGCCGCCGGCCAAACAGAAAAUAUUCUACGAGGGCAUGUUCUUCAAGGAUAAUAACACGAUGGCCUUCUACAACCUGCUAAGUGGGACGACGGUGCACUUACAAGUUAAGGAGCGUGGCGGUCGCAAGAAGUAGACUCUCACC